GUUGGUGUUACAUCUUUCAUUUGGAUGUUAUAAGUUGCUCUGAAUAUAUACAGCUGGCAAAACAAAACAGUGUCCAUCUUCAUUUCAGGCUGCAAAGCAACAAAAUGUUAUUAUUUUAAAGGGUGGUGAUUCUUUUCUAUACCCACUGUAACUCAUUAGACAUCCAAUAAAGUUGUGAAAGACUAUCAAAACUUUUAUGAGAUGAAAAAUAAAACAUGCACGUGUGCAACAACUCAAUCAGCAGGUCUGGUUGUCAUCUAAUAGGCUUGUAGACUAAUAUUACCACCUCUGAUUUGCCAUUGCUGCACUGUUUAUAAAUUUCAACCGAUGCAAAACAAUUGCGUAAUAAUUUGAUAAUUUGCAACUUUGAUGUCACUUUUUUUGUUAUAUUAAUCGCAGCAGCCAUAAUCGUAACCUUAAUGUUUUAUUUUGAUUGAUUGCACAGUCAGUUUCAUGGGUAAAUGGCUGAGUAAAUUAUGAAAGAAUUGUCAUUUUUGGGUGAACUAUCACCUUAACCACUCGUUCUGAUUAGUUUUUCCCUCUGUUGCAUCUUGCAUAUGGUAUUUCUCCUCUGGAUGUUGAUUAAUGUGCAUGCAGGGCCAGUGAGGGAAUGAGAGCUUCAGUGGAGGAAAUCCUGCCACCAUCUGAGUCCCAGUCACCCAUGAGAAAUGAUUCCUGGCAUGCUUACUGGGACCAGAGGCUGGAGAUAUACACUCGUACUGCAAUUACGGGAUAUAUGGAGCCUGACCUGCCAGACGGAUGAUAAAAAUGGAGGGAAGUGACAUCACAACUCAGCUGUAUUUGAAUCUCUGCUCCACACUUCAGUGAACAGAAAAGCAAGUUCUCACCAGGUAAAACACCACAAAAUGGCAACUCGGCCGUCUCACUUUGAGGAGAACCUUCUGUGCUCUGUUUGCCGUGACAUCUAUAGAGAUCCUGUUCUCCUGCUGUGUUCUCAUAGCUUUUGCUGGGUCUGUCUGGAUCAGUACUGGGAGCUCAGUGGAUCACGGAUGUGCCCUGUAUGCCGGACAGACUUCUGCAUGGACCGUCCUCCAUGCAACCGUGCUUUGAAGUACCUGUGUGAGAUCUUCCUGCAGGAGAGAAUCAAGGCGAUGUCAGCAGAGGCCGAGUUCUUCUGCAGUGUGCAUGGAGAGAAACUUCAGCUCUUCUGCGUGGAGGACAAACAUCUCAUGUGCAGCAUGUGUGUGAACGAUGAUAUUCAUGUCAAACACACAUGCAGACCUGUGGAUGAAGCUGCAGUUGCUCUCAAGGAGGUGCUCAAAACAAGCCUGAAGUCUUUGCAAGAGAAGCACAAACUCUUAAAAUCAGAGAAAUUCAUCUGUAAUCAGCAAGUGAAACACAUCAUGAAUCAAGCUGAGCAAACAGAGGCCCAUAUUAAGAAGCAGUUUGAGCAGCUUCAUCAGUUUUUGUGUGAUGAAGAGGUGGCCAGGGUAACUGCUCUGAGGGAGGAAGAGGAGCAGAAGAGGAAGCUGUUACAGGAGCAGAUGAUGCGAAUUAACAGUGAACUCUCAUCUGUGGUAGAAAGAAUGAAGAUCACUGAGGAAGAGAUAGAGUCCAACAACAUCUCAUUCCUGCAGAACUACAAAGGCCCACCUGAAAGCACUCAGUGCAACAGUCCCUGUCCAAAGAAGCUCCUAAAAGUGCUGAUUGAUGUGGCAAAGCACCUGGGAAAUCUGAAAUUCAGAGUAUGGCAGAAAAUGAAGGCUGCUGCUAAAUACAUUCCUGUAAUCCUUGACCCCAACACCGCUCACCCAUGCCUGCAUCUCUCUGACAGUCUGAGCGAUGUGUGGUUUGGUCAGUGGAGUCGACACACCUUGGGUUACACAGACAAAUAUGAGGGCUAUUCGAGCGUCCUGGGCUCUGAGGGCUUCAGCUCUGGGACUCACUACUGGGACGUCGAGGUUGGGGACAACACCACCUGGGUCUUAGGAGUGAUUUCAGAGUCUGCCAUCCAGACUCGAGACACUCUGCCCAGUUCUGGUCUGUGGCGCCUUGGCUUUCACAAUGGCACAUACGGACAAGGCAUUUCAGGGGAGAUUCUCACGCCGCUUGCAGUGACACAGAAGGUCCAACGCAUCAGAGUCCAGCUGGACUGGGACGGAGGGCAAGUGUCGUUCUUCAGUCCUCUCACCAACACACACCUCCACACCUUCAAGCACACCUUUAGUGAGAGAGUGUUUCCGUACUUCUGUAAUGUGUGUCCGUCUCAAGCUAUGCGGAUCUUGCCGGUGGAAAUGGCUCCAGCAGGACUGGAGGUGCAGAGAUUAUCUGCUUUAACCAGCAAAAUAGAGAGCAAGUAGAGCUGCAGAAGUAAAAAUCCUGAUCAUUUUCUACACAGAGGAAAAAAGUUAGAAAUACCUGUGGAGAAAAGGAAUGGAAAAAAUUCUGACCAGAACCAAAAUAUAAAAAUAUUGGAAAAUAACUCAUUGAAUCUUUUGCAAAGCUCUUUUGCGAAAUAACAUUACUGUGAAAAGACAUCACUGUGAAAGCUGCUGUGAUAAUUACUUUCUUUUUUUACUUGCACUGAGAAGCAAUAAACAGUAUAAAUACACAUACACAUACACAUACACAUACACAUACACAUACACAUACACACGUUAUCAUAAGACAGCACUGAAGAAAUUGUUAAAUUUUGAGAUGUAAGAUUUUCACAUUCAGAGCAGUUUGAUGUUGUAUUGUUAUUUUUUGGCUUUUAAAUAUUAUUAUUUGAAAUAUUUAUGCUUAUUCUUGAAAGUAUUUUUGGGUAGCGUGACAAAAAAUCUGACUGUGAAUUGCAACACAUGAUCUAUGCCUGUAAUUAUGAAGACCCUUCCCACCAAAAACACUCAACACAUUGCAUACAUAGCUCUGUGUCAAAGAGCUUACUCUUUUAUUUAUCUCUUCUAUUUUAUUCUGUAUUUAUAAAUAUUACUUGAAUGUUA